GUCAAGGGCCCACAGCUCCGCCUCCUCCCCCCCAGCAGCAGCGCGGACCUCAACAGCAGCAUAAUCUCCAGCAGCAAAACCCCCGAACCCUAAACAUGCUUCUAUCUGAGCAGCAGCAGCAGCAGCAGCAACAGCAGCAGCGUUAA